UCAUUGUUCCUUUUUGACAUUUGGUGGUGUGACAGUGUGACGUUUAGUUAUCUUAUAUUUUCCAUUAUUUGAUAGAUAAGUACGAAAAUCUGAUAGAAAAAAUGGUUUCUUUGAAUCCAGUGAGAAUAUUGAAACAUGAGGCUGAAGAGGAGAAAGGAGAGAUUGCUAGACUGAGCAGCUUUGUUGGAGCCAUAGCUAUAGGAGACCUAGUGAGAAGUACUUUGGGCCCUAAAGGGAUGGAUAAAAUCUUGGUAUCCAGUGGAAGAAGUGCAGGAUCUGUAGAAGUCACCAAUGAUGGUGCCACUAUUUUGAAGUCGGUAGGAGUAGAUAAUCCUGCAGCUAAGAUUUUGGUUGACAUGUCAAAGGUACAGGAUGAUGAAGUUGGGGAUGGAACUACUUCAGUCACAGUCUUGGCUUCCGAGCUUCUCAAAGAAGCCGAACGCCUGAUCGAGCAAAAAAUCCACCCGCAAACCAUCAUCGCCGGUUGGCGCAAAGCCGUCGACAUUGCCAGAAAGGCCCUAGUCGACUCGUCGAUGGACAAUAGCGCAGACAUUGAAAAGUUCCGCGAAGACUUGAUGAACAUCGCGCGGACGACGCUCAGCUCGAAGAUCCUCUCACAGCACAAGGAGCACUUUGCCAAGUUGGCCGUGGAUGCAGUUAUGCGGCUGAAGGGCUCUGGAGAUUUACAGGCUAUUCAGCUGAUAAAGAAGACCGGAGGGACCUUGGAGGACUCUUUUCUGGACGAGGGAUUCUUGUUGGACAAGAAGCCUGGUGUGCAUCAACCUAAGAAGGUGGAGAACGCUAAAAUCCUCAUUGCCAACACCCCCAUGGACACCGACAAAAUCAAAGUAUUCGGCUCGCACAUCAAAGUCGACUCGAUGGCCAAAAUAGCGGAGCUCGAGUCCGCCGAAAAGGAAAAAAUGAAAGACAAAGUCAACAAAAUCCUCAAACACAACGCCAACGUCUUCAUCAAUCGCCAACUCAUCUACAACUACCCGGAACAACUGUUCGCCGACGCGGGGGUGAUGGCCAUCGAGCACGCCGACUUUGACGGCAUCGAACGCCUGGCUUUAGUCACAGGCGGCGAGAUCGUCUCCACUUUCGACCACCCCGAGCUGGUCAAACUGGGCACUUGCAAAUUGAUCGAGCAGGUCAUGAUCGGCGAAGACAUCUUGUUGCGUUUCAGCGGGGUCGCGUUGGGCGAAGCUUGCACCAUAGUGAUUCGCGGCGCCACUAAACAAAUCAUAGACGAGGCGGAUCGCUCGCUACACGACGCCCUGUGCGUGUUAGCAGCCACCGUCAGAGAGAGCAAGAUCGUUUUCGGGGGUGGGUGUAGCGAGACGCUGAUGUCGAACGCGGUGAGCAAGGCGGCCGCGCAAACGGCGGGUAAAGAAGCGUUGGCCAUGGAAGCGUUCGCGCGUGCGCUGUUGCAGCUGCCUACUAUCAUCGGCGACAACGCGGGGUACGAUUCUGCGCAGUUGGUGAGCGAGCUGAAAGCUGCGCAUAACAGCGGGAAGGAUACUAUGGGGCUGAAUAUGGAUAAGGGGGAGAUCGGGGAUAUGAGGAGUCUGGGCAUCACUGAGUCGUUUGUGGUUAAGAGGCAGGUGUUGGUGUCGGCUUCUGAGGCGGCGGAGAUGAUUCUGAGGGUGGAUGAUAUUAUUAAGGCUGCUCCAAGGAGGAGGACGGAGGAUAGAGGGCACUGCUAGUGGUUGAGCUGGUUCUUGCCUACAAAUUAUGCUUUCAUCUCAGUUUCAACACUCCGCGUUCAUUUAUACUAUUAAUAUUGUAACUUUCGGUACUCACGAUUAACUUAAUAAAUCUGAUUCGUUUAAUACAUUACUGAUUGUUUUUGUCUUUCACCUUU